UCCAAAUAUUCCUUUACUUCCAAAAUUUUAAUUCCUCUGGAAAACUCCAAACUUUUGCCCAAACUUCAUCAAUGGCGAAGAAACGAAGAGCAGAAGAAUACUAUGAAGAAGAAGACACAAAAUCAGAAAUAGAUUCACAAGAACAAGAAGCAAAAUUAGAAGAAGAUUUGGUUAAACUUCUUGAACAAAUUAGUAAACAACAAUUAAUCGAAAUCAUUCGUUCAGUUUCAUCAGAAAACAAGAAAUUUACUGAAGAAAUUCAUAAACUAGCUACUGAAGCCUUAAAAGAACAAACAAAAAUGACUGCUUGUAUUUUAGCUUCUCCUCCUGAAGAACCUCAGCAGCAAAUGAUGAUUGUGAAGAGAAAUUCAUCUCGAGAGGACAAAGUACAGAGGAAGAUCUUUGUAGAAUGCAUCUGGUAUCAAGGUUCCGAAUUCUCCUUCUGAAAUUUCUGCAAGAAUUGUCCAUCUGAAAAUUCUGCAAGAAGAGAAGCCUGAAUACUGUAUCAAGUUGGAUAGUGGUGAUCUUGGUAUCACUAACUUGAGCAUUGAGGAGAAUGCUUUUAGGUAAGGUAAGUAGUUGUAGUUGUUUUCUUUGACACUUUCUUGAUAUCUUCCUGCAGUAAUUACGGUUGUACUCUUGAAUAUUUUAAUUAGUACUAGAUAUAUCAAAAUGUUUAUAUAUUUCUUUUUGCAAUUUACACUCGUAAUCGAUAUACACCCUUUUAAUUUGUUAUCAAUGUCUUAUCUUUUGCUGGUACUGUAGAUAUUGGAAGACUGAAAAGAUCAUUCCAUUGUUAUGUCGGUUCUAUGUAUUUGAUGUUUUUUUUACAUUGGUUAUGUUUUUGGUCUAUAUAAUCAUAUACACCAUACUAAACGGUAUCCCAAUGGUACUUGUCCCCUCCUGUUGAUUUUUUUAUUUUAUCCCUGUUCUAUCUUCUGUGAAGUCGUUUACGGGUUUUU